AUGAAGCCUGGAACGCCGCAUAAGGAUAAAGCUAUAUUUUAUACAGCAAGAACCCUAUUCUCGGCGCUUCACCUCAUUCAACGAUUUAAUGGCCAGGGGAUUUCUGACACUGACAAUGGCGAGAAAGUGAUGGACAUGGAGGGCGGCCCUUUUGCAGAAUCAACUAAGUUAUUUCUCAAUGACAAAGAUACCUGGGACGAUGAUGAGAAGGAUAUCGCUGUAGGCCAGGUGUCACGAGCAUUUGCUGAGCGUGCAAAGGGCAUUGUGCGGGUGGUAUUUCCAGAGGACUAUUCGCCUCAUAUCAGGCCCAACACCUGGACUGAAUACGAAUGGCCUGCACUUAAAGAAAACCCGGACGUGACCAAGGUGCUCGCUUGGUGGGUAAAGAAAGGCGGGGACGAACCCAUGGGUGACGGCACAGAAAUCUGGCCGUGUGAUAUGACGACCGACCCUAGACGACAGCCGUUUUAG